AUGCUGCAGAGAGAGACGUUCAUAUGGAGUCUGUCAAAUGUCCCCCUCCUGGAAGCAUACAUCCAUGUAUUAGAUGGAGAUCCUCUUCAGGAGGUUGUGAAGUCUGUCAUUCAUGAGUACAAGGCCUCUGUGGUCCCUAAACGCUCCAAUUUCCGAGAGUGCAUUAACCAUGGUGACUUCAGUGACCUCAAUGUGCUUGUGCAGCCUGAGGGUGACGGCCACAAGAUUUCUGGCAUCCUUGACUUUGGGGACAUGAACAGUGGCUACUACAUCUAUGAGCUAGCCAUCACUAUCAUGUACAUGAUGACGGAGCACCCCAAACCCAUAGAGGUGGGUGGACCUGUCCUCGCAGGCUGGGAAAGUGUCCUUCCCCUCAACGAGGCAGAGAAAGAUUGUCUCUAUGUCCUGGUGCUGUCCCGCUUCUGCCAAUCGUUGGUUUUAGCUCGUCACUCUGUGACCUUGAAUCCGGAAAAUAAAGAGUAUCUGAUGACUACAUCCAGGAAGGGCGUCCACACUCUCCGUCAGCUCUGGAAGCUCGGACAGGAGCAGGUAGAGAAGGUUUGGUUUCAGAGUGCUGCUCAAUUUGGAAAAAAGAAGUGAGAACUAUGUUGCCAUACCCACAUUAGU